AUGCUCUUCUACUCGUUCUUCAAGACGCUCGUGGGCAAGGAGGUGGCCGUCGAGCUCAAGAACGACGUCGCGCUCGUGGGCACGCUCCACUCGGUGGACCAGUACUUGAAUUUCAAGCUCGUCGACGUGACGGUCGUCGAGGAGCACAAGUACCCGCAGCUGAUGAACAUGAAGAACUGCUUCAUCCGCGGUUCGGUCGUGCGCUACAUUCAGAUCGCCAAGGCCGACGUCGACACGGAGCUGCUACAGGACGCGGCGCGCCGGGAGGCGAGCGCAAAUAAGUCGGGCGCCAAGAAGUGA